AUGGUUGAUAGUGAGACUGUUAAUAAGUACACGCAUUUUUUACCUUUUGAUUCUUGGCACAUUGUUCCUGCUGUGGGUAAAUCUGGUGGUAUGGCUUUUGGGUUUUUAAAAAAUUCAAGUUUAGAGGUUUUAAGCAGUACUUUUAAUAUGAUUCAUGUAGUAUGCGAUAUCACUCCAAUAAUUAAGAAUUGUUUGGUCACUUUCAUCUAUGGAGCUUUAAAUACUUUAUGUAUCAGAAAUCAGUGGAACUACUUGAAAUAUUUCAAUGAGUCGGACAAUAGGCCUUGGCUUUUAUUAGGUGACUUCAACUUUAUACUGAAUGUCUCAGAAAAACAGGGAGGAAUUCCUGAAAAUUCGUUAGCGUCUGAUUUUAUUAAGAACUCUCUUUCGAUGUUAAAUAUGCAUGAUGUUUUCUCUUUUGGAAAUCCGUUUACUUGGUGCAACAGAAGAUUCAAAAAUCCUUCUGAGCUUAUAUUUGAAAAACUGGAUAGGGGAUUUAUUAAUGAUAAUUGGGUUUCGCUGCUACCUCAAACUAGGGUUACGAAUCUAGGUAGAGUUUUCUCAAAUCAUUGCCCCAUCUUGCUGCAAUGUUUUCAUAGUACUGAUAAACUUGCUAUUCCUUUUAAGUACUUUAAAUGCUGGCAAGCUAACCCUGAAUUCAAAGAUAUUCUUGUUAAUUCUUGGAAAAAGUUAAGAAACAUGUACAACACCAUACAUAUGCUUAAAGAUAAUCAAGGUAAUUGGCUGGAAAAUAAAGAUCAAGUCCUUCACCUCCUUGAUGAUCAUUUUAAAAAAAUAUUUGCUUCUUCUAUGCCGAGAAACUCUGAUAUUGAUGAUGUGCUUAUGGAUAUCAAGCCUAUCAUUUCUGAUGAGCUCAAUUCUGAGCUUGUUGCUAUACCUUCUGAGAAUGAGAUAUUUACAACUAUUAAAAAUAUGGCGCCUUGGAAAUACCCCGGACCUGAUGGUUUUCUGGAUGGGUUCUUCAGGGAUAAUUGGGAUCACAUUUCAACUGAAGUUAUUAAUCACUCUGCAUUUAUAGCUAAUAAGCAAAUACAUGAUAACAUCAUCAUUAGUCAUGAAAUUCUGCAUUCCUUUAAAACUAGAAAGAGGAAAAAUAACAAAGAUGGUUUCAUGGCUAUUAAGUUAGAUUUAUCUAAAGCCUUUGAUAGGCUGGAAUGGCCAUUCAUAAUUGCUGUGUUUAAAAAUUUGGGUUUUUCGGAUGACUGGUGCCAGGUUAUUCACCAAUGCAUUAACACUGUCUCUUAUUCUAUUCUUGUGAAUGGAUCUCCAGGGUAA